GAAAAAUUAUGGGAUGGCAAUGGUGGGCGCGUGAUUUUGAACAAAAAGUUUACUAAACAUUAUAGGUGUUCAACACAUUCUUGAUGAUUAUUGUUAAGUUAUUUAGUCAUUUUAAAUAGCAGUAUUAAAUGAACUUAAAAAUCAUGAUCAUUCCGUUGUUCAUGCCAUUAUUAUGUCAUUCGGGAUGCAUCCUGACCUCAAAGUGGGCCAAUGCGCCAUCAUUGUAGACAAUAUUUUGACUAUAUCUAUUUGGUGUCCGAUUUACGUGUUGUUAGAGAGAUGAGUUAACCCUGCUGAUGAGUUCUCUAAGGGAAGACCAUGAAUUGCUGCAGUCAACUGAUACAAUGGAGGUUGCAACUUCUAAUGAGUUUAUUGUGGCAAGCUCUCUGCCAGGGACAUCAGAUUCCAGCACUUUACUCUCAACACCUACUUUGUCAAAUGUAGGAACAUCAACUACAGACUCAAUCAAUUUUUUGACAGUACAAAAUCAAAAUGGGCAGUUGAUUAUCCAACAGCCCAUAAAAACAACCAACAAUGGGCCAACACUUGUUAAUAAUGGGGCGUCACUUCCCAAAGGCCACAUUAUUGUGCGACAAAAGCCUGUUGGAGGUGGACAGCAGUCGCUCUCAGCAUCUAGCUCGGUGGGUGAUGUUUUAACACUUGAGAAAGCAGGGAUGAAGCGACCUCUGCCAUCAUCUGGCAGCAAUGUCAUAACAAAAGUGAUAAUAACAAAAAAUCCCAUAUCGGGUCAGCCCCAAGCUCUACAAGCUGGGCCCCCUUCACAGACUUUUACCAUCACAACUUUACCCAGCAGUGGGAGUGUAGCUGUAAAUAGUCUAAGUGCUACUUCUGUGGUAAACCCCUCAGGUACUCCUACAAAAACCGUCACACUCACCUCCCAAGGUAUUCUGUCACCAGUAAAAACUGUGAUAGCUACUAUUCCUAGUGCAGGUACAUCAAAGCUAAAUAUCCCUUAUAAAAUACCUAUAUCCCCUUCGAAAGCGCCGACAAAAAUUACAAUGAUUCCUGUAAGCAGGUCGCCCAAUAAACAGGUCCUGAACCCCGCAAACAUCACAGUAUUGUCACGUGCACUUACCACUCUGGCACAGACUGGAAACGCUAAACCAGGAUCACCAUCUAAAGUUAUCAUCAAGCAAGGCCCAGCACCCACAGGCUCUGCCAUUACUUUAAAAAGCCAGUCCUUACCUAAUUUGGCUCCACAAACAGCCCAACCAAUUAGAACUGCUCAAGUUGUUCAAAGUAUUCGUGGUCCAAAUAUAACACAGAAUAUCCGCCCAGUUGCAAUCAGUAGUGCAGGCAAUGUUCAGCAAAUUCAGGUCCCCGGCAGUCGAUUUCAUUAUGUUCGUUUGGUGUCCCCAGCUUCAGGUGCCAAUUCCCAGACAACUACACUAACAGCUGUAUCAAAACCCAUCACUGCAACAUCUCAGCUGACACAAUCUACAAAGGUAGUUCCAGUAACAUCAGCUCCUCUUCCUACAAGCCAUUUGAAAAUUACCUUACCCAUUCAACAAAAUGCUACACUGGCUCCAAAACCCAGCCUCUCUAUUCCCAUCACUGUCAACACACAGCCCAGUAUGCACCGUAUCAUUCUCCCGGCUACAUCAACCAAUGUUACCCUUCAAGGCUCUACAGUCACGUCACUGGCUCCAAUCCAGCCUGCACCUACUGUUUCUAUACAGAAUGUUAACCAGUUGCCUCCUGGCUCAGCAAUCCUUUCUACAAAUGCCACAAAUAUCCAGGGAAUGCAAAGCUUUGCUAUAGUUCCAGCACUAGUUCCUGCAUCCUAUGUUACACAGAUGCAACAUCAGUUUAUAAAGCCCCAGACAACACAAGCGGCAAUAGCCCCUUCAGCCCCCAGACAGACCAGAGACUAUGUCCCUAUAGCCAGCAUAGACCCAGCUGUCACUCAGUACACAGUUUCCAGGAAUGCCCCAGCACAAAAUGGACCAACAUUAGAAGCCACUGGAGCAAGGCCAAGGAAACCCUGUAAUUGUACAAAAUCUCAGUGUUUAAAACUAUACUGUGAUUGUUUUGCUAACGGAGAAUUCUGUCAAAACUGUAACUGCACAAAUUGUGCUAAUAAUUUGGAGCAUGAGGAAGAGAGGUCAAAAGCCAUUAAGUCUUGUUUAGACAGAAACCCUCAAGCUUUUCAUCCAAAAAUUGGUAAAGCAAAAGAUGUUGAGGGUAACAGACGGCAUACAAAAGGUUGUAAUUGUAAACGAUCAGGCUGCUUAAAAAAUUAUUGUGAAUGUUAUGAGGCAAAAAUUAUGUGCUCAAAUUUUUGCAAAUGUAUUGGGUGCAAAAACUUUGAAGAAAGUCCAGAACGAAAGACUUUGAUGCACCUUGCAGAUGCAGCUGAAGUGCGUGUACAGCAACAGACAGCAGCUAAGACCAAAUUGUCCUCUCAGAUUUCCUGCGUCCCAUCAAGACCACCCACAACCCCGGCCAGUGGAGAACGCCUGCCUUUUGCUUUGAUAACUUCUGAUGUCGCUGAGGCUACUUGUGCAUGUUUACUGGCUCAAGCAGAAGAAGCUGAAAGGAUGAAGAUGCCAGCAGUUGUUCAAGAAAGAAUGGUCAUUGAAGAGUUUGGGCGCUGUCUUAUGCAGAUCAUUGACUCUGCUAAUAGAACAAGAACAACAAAGUCAGUGGCUUGAGAAAAGAAUGAAACGACUGACUGAAAUAAGCCAUGAGGAUCUGGUCAUGGCAGUAUACAGCAUGAAGGUACCUGCAUCCACUCAACUGGAACAGUAGCUCAACUACAUGGACCUGUUUACCUACCUGUAGAUCUUGCUCAUUGCUACAACACAGUUUAGAUGGAGAUGUGGGAAUAUAUGAUGACCUCCUGUACUGAACAUGAACCAUAAGUCUCCACAUACCAGACAGGUACCAUUACAAUUCCACUUAAGAGAUGUGGCUAACUAUGGGCCUGUUAGCUCUGAUGUAAGUGAUGUAACUAUCUGAUACACAUUAGCAGUUUAAAAUAUCUUCUCCCUUUAAGCAACACAAGUUUCUGAUAAA